GCCCCCUAUAUAACCCCCUAGGCGAACGCACCGCCGCACUGCCAGGCCCGGCUGCGCCGCACAUGCCGCCCCGGCCCCGGCCCCGGCCCAGCUGACCCCUGGGGCCCCGGCAGUGGACAGGGACCGGUUCGAGGCCCCCAGCUCCCUGCCCUCUGCCCCGGGGAACCCCGACCCGGCGGGGACAUGAACAGUGUUUGCUGCCUGGUCCUGGCCGCGCUGAGCCUGUGGCCAGACCGAGCCGCGGCGCCAGGGCCGCCCCCCGGCCCCCCAAGGGCCUCCCCGGACCCGCGGGCCGAGCUGGACAGCGCCAUCCUGCUGACGCGCGCGCUGCUGGCCGACACCCGGCAGCUGGCCGCGCAGCUGAGAGACAAGUUCCCAGCCGACGGAGACCACAACCUGGACUCUCUCCCCACCUUGGCCAUGAGCGCAGGCGCGCUGGGAGCCCUGCAGCUCCCCGGCGUGCUGACGCGGCUGCGGGCCGACCUGUUCUCCUACCUGAGGCACGUGCAGUGGCUGCGCCGCGCGGGCGGCCCGUCUCUACGGACCCUGGAGCCCGAGCUGGGGGCCCUGCAGGCCCGGCUGGACCGGCUGCUGCGGCGGCUGCAGCUCCUGAUGGCCCGCCUGGCCCUGCCCCAGGCGCCCCCGGACCCGCCGGCGCCCCCCCUGGCCCCGCCGGCCUCGGCCUGGGGAGGCAUCCGGGCGGCCCAUGCCAUCCUGGGGGGCCUGCACCUGACACUGGACUGGGCCGUGCGGGGCCUGCUGCUGCUCAAGACCAGGCUGUGACCCUCGGCCCCCGACGCCACCUCGCCCUUCACCGCCAGACCUUAUUUAUUUAUUUAUUUCGGGACUGGGGGGCGUGGCAGCCAGAGGACCCCUCCCGCAUCUCCCCUAUUUAGAGAGGGUCCCUCCAGGGGACACCCGUGCCUUAUUUAUACUUAUUUAUUUCCGGGGGUGGGUGGGAGGCAGGUGGACUCGGGGGUCCCCAGCGGGAGGGGCCUGGGGUUCCCGGGGGUUCUUGGGUCCCCAGGUCUGGCCCCCACUCCUCUGGGCCUGAGCAGGGGCGUAUGUUAUUUAUUAAACUAUUCCUUUUUGCGACGGGGUGGGGAGGGAGGGGGAGAGGAGGCCUGGGUUUUUGUACAAACACGUGAGACGCCUUUGUGAGCUGGAGAAGGGAGAAUUAAAUGUCAUACACACCCACUCGGAGGCUGUUUCUAUGGGGCUGGUGGCGGGGGGCUGGACGCUGGGGCCCCGGGCGGGGAGAGGGAGGGACCCUGAGUGUGCGAGGCCAAGGCCGCGGCGGGGAGACCAUCAGCGACCCUCAACCCUGAGGGGCAGGGGCUGAGCCUCCCUUGGUGCCUGGCACUUCGAAGUUCAUCCAAUAAAUACUUCAUGGAAGACCCUGGCCGGUGGCUCAGUUGGUUGGGCAUCGUCCCUGUGCACCCAAAGGUCGCUGGCUGAUUCCCGGUCAGAGCACAUGCCCUGAUUGUGGGCUUGAUCCCCAGUGGGGGACGUGCAGGAGGCGGCCAAUCGAUGUUUCUCUCCCUCUCUCCCUCCCCCUUCCUCUCUAAAAUCAAUAAAAACAGCCCUAGCUGGUUUAGCUCAGUGGAUAGAGCAUUGGCCUGCAGACUGAAGGGUCCUGGUUCAAUCCCCAGUCCAAGGCACAUGCCCAGGUUGCGGGCUCCAUCCCCAGUAGGACCCGCUCUGGGUUGGGCCUCAGGGACAGGGUUUUACUCUGAUCCCUUGGGUUCUAAUGCACCCAUUUCACGGGUGAGGGAAAUUGAGGCUGGGGGCCUGUUGUUCAAGGUCACGCAGCCAGAGAGACAACGGGUGGUCCUGCCACAGCUCUGGCUCAUUGCAAAGGCUGGGUCCCUUUCCUUGGAAGUCAAUAUAUAGCAACCGUGACCACAGACACAAGUGCGUUCCACACGGGGAAACCGAGGCUGGGUGGGAGCCUGGGUCUUACUCAAGCUCCAGAGAAGGGUCCAUUGUGAGUGGGGCCGUAUUCC